UGUAGAAGAAAGCUGUAGAAUAUUGUAUGAACAUGCAUGCAGGCAUAACAUUUAACUAAGAAAGGUGUAUAAAAUAAUUCAACGUGCCGAAAUUAAAACACGGAAAAUUAGACUAAUUAUUUAAGACGAAUGCAAUUGGAGGACAAGUCGCRGCUGCGACUAAAGUAAAGUAAAUAAUCAAAAGCAUAGGACAAAUUAUUUGCWAUUUUUUGCGUGGCGUGCGAGAAUGAGAAGGAACCACUUUGGCAUGCCGGACUCGAUAUCGCCCAAUACAGCUUCGCCGCCACGUUCAAGACAACGCAUGAGCAGCGGCAUCAUGCUCCAACGACUCACAGCCACUAUUGCAGGAACGAGACGCAACACUCACUACGAUAUGCCCGAAAACCCGAGAUUGAGAAAUAUUAUAAGACCCUGGGAAAACGAAACACCCUGGGAAACCGAAACACAAGGCAAUCCAUGGGYUUACAAGUGCGCGUCCGAUGAUGAAUCCAACAAUAAUAGCAGCGACUCGGAUGACCGAUAUGACAACGACGAGUUUACAGCCAUCUCCACGUUCAAUCGGAGAAUGCAAAAUGCAGAAAAYAAUUCGGGAUUAAAUGAACUCAAUGUGAUAACUGACGACGAUCAAUUACCACCACUGCACGGCUACAUGCAUAUAUCGCCACAAUCUGACGACGAAUACUCAGACGAGCCACCACAUAUGGCUGAAAAUGAAGAGAUGUUGAAGGAACGAUUCGGUUUUUGUCCCAUACCACAAGAUCUACUAUAUGACGAGGGUGUUUCAUUCAAUUACAAUGAUAAUGGUAACUACGAAAGUGAAUAUGGUGAUGAUAUCGUACAUGACUAUGCCGAUUAUAAUGUUAAUCCUUCGACAUCGAAGCGUGCACUCGAGAAACUGUUUAUUUUACAAACCAGCAUUUGGAUGGACCUACCCAAUUUCGUCAUUCCARUGCCAGCUAAAGAGGAGCGUGCCGCUGGAGAGCUCAGCGAAUAUGACCUUCAGCAAAUCCGUCGGGGCUAUAGCGGCUUUACGCUAUGAUCAGAUUAAAUGUAUGCCAGUUUCUAUCUGUUUUAUKUGUUAAAUUUAAAUUUAAUUUAUGUAUAACUUGCCGUUAGUCCAGUUCCUGUAUUGAUUUUAAAAUUUGUGUGUUUUAAAWUAAUCUUGUAUUGACUGCGCCUUGAGAAUACUGAUCCCAAAGGUAUUUGAGUAAAAAAUACCAAAAUAUGGUGCAAGUAUAUUCAAUAACUUAUUGGAAAUGCUAAACCGGGCGCUAUAAGGAAUAACAAAAAGUAUUUGAUAAAAGAAAUUUGAAAAAAAAUUUUAAUUAAAAAAACAAAAAUUAAAAAUAAUUGUAAUUCUAAAAUUAAAAAUGUUUAAGAAAACAUUGUAUUUUAAGACGCCAUCCAUAAGUAUCUAUAAAGCAAAUAAACAGCUGGUAGCUUAUGGAAAAAAUAUAAAUUUAUAAUAAAAAUUUCCUACUUUUAAUUGAUUUUAAAUAAAAUAGCCAUUCAAGCUAGCUAAUGAGCAGAAGA